ACCAUGUCACGCGACAGAUGUCCUUCGUGUCAAUGUGUGUGUAUUCUGCGUGUAAGUGUAUAGUAGCCAGGUGCCACUGUCAAUGUUUCUAGAGACUUGGUCCGCCUUUUUUCAACGUCGUUGCUUAUGACUUUAAAGUUUUACAUAAUCAAAUACAAAUUAUCAUAGAUAUUUCUUCCCACGAAAGCAUGAAGUUCUAUUUUCAAGUUCUACAUAAGUAUUGUGCCUACAGUUCCAUAUUAACGUACUGUACUGCGAGUUUAUCUAACAUGGGUAUCUAUCGUUGUGAUAUUGUACUGUCUAUGCUACUCAUGGAGACUUUACUACACGUGGAUUAAAUACUUUGGCAUAUUUUAAUGUAUUUACUUGUUUUAUUUUAUUCACCCGUAUGUUUUUGAUGGACUAACGAACAAACAGAUAGAUCACCUAAUGGUAAGUUAUCGGUACCGCCCAUGAACACCGUGUGUGCUCCGGUAAUCUCGGUACCGCAUAUCGGACGUUUACAGGACCCCUAUGUAGAGGAAGGCCUAAAGUCCAGUCAGUAGACUAUUACAAGCCAAUAAAAGACUAGUAAAUAGCCAGGUGAGAAGACUAGGAAGUCGUCAGCAACUAACUUAGCAUCACAGAUAUAAUUAGGUCCGAACUUGGUCGUAAUAUUCAUACAAUGCAAUCGAUACUUAAACCGACUUAACUUUUACUCCGCAACCUGCAUACACGUACAUAAAUAUGGUAGAAGACUAAGGGGAGCUAUCGUAUUUUUGGUAACUAGGUGGCGCAAAUGUAGCUAAUGGGUUUUUUUGUCCAUUCACUGUAGCUGUCAAAAAUUGAACCUCCAAUGUUGUGACUCUAGCCAAUUUCAUAAGCAAUUGAACGAAGAACGAGACGUUCACACUAGUGUCAUCUGGUGAACAAAAUUACGGUAGAUACCCCCCAUUGUUAUCGAUUUUACAAGUUACCGAACUAUUGCUGACCAUAGUUUUCGAAAAUAAAACAAAACAUGAAAUGACAGUUUCUCAGUUCAAAGUUGUCAUGGCCUGUCAGAAUUGCACUGAAAUAUUUGUAAAUACAUAAGAGUACUCGUUUACGUGGUUACAUUAGUGGCGAAUGUUAUAGUUUGCAUUAUUUUUGUUCAAAAUUGACCGAAUAUGGUGAGUAAGUCACGCGCUAUUUGAAACCCAAGAUCCCAGUAUCUAUAGUGGACCUAGCAAGUAGGAACGCAUCCCGAUUUGUUCACAACGAAAAUAAAAAGAAAAUGAAGAGAAGUACCAGCACGAACGAUUCCUUCAGCGCAAGCAGCACUCAAUCUUUUCCAAAAUCUCUGCAAAACAUAUUUCAGGAUGAUGAAAUAGAAGACGUUGUGGGUGAAGUUAAACUUUCAGAAUCACAAAAAAGUGUAGCCAUGUCAAAUGUAUACUCUAUGGACUUCACAGACAGUAGCUCGGAGAAACACAACUCCUCAGGCAUGGAGACAUAUAUCUUAGAGUGGGACAGUGAGGACAGCGAAUCUUCAGCUCUACAAGGCAAUGUUAGCAUCAUCAGCGUGAAAGACAGGCCUACUAAACCUGUUCUUGUCAGCAAAGACGCACAAUGUGAUGUCACGAAGAAAAUAAGCAGAUCUUCCUCCACCAGUCUAAACAAAUGCUCCAUUAUCGCACAAGAAAUAUUUACACAAACCAGUAAAACUAUCAUAGAGCUAGCUGAGAGUGACGGCGCGGUCAGAAAGCGGAUCGACAGUAAAACAUUAGAAACACAAACUUCCUUCAUAUCAAUAACAGAAAACAAAACUUUCGAGUAUAGAAUAGAAGUAACUGGUGCUACACAAAAUUUAAUCAGGAACGAAGUCGGUGAUUCAGGCGAUAACUACCUCGAUGUUAUAACAUCCCCACAAAUAUUUCCAAAUUCUAUCGACGAUGGUUCAUCAAAAUUCGUAACAUCCGAAACAGAAAACGAAAAAUCCGAUGACGGUACCAGUAAUAAUAGUUCGUGCAGCAACGACCAGCUUCCGGACGUAGUGAAUGACAAUUUUAAAGACAACGAACUGCUGUAUGACGAAUCAAAUGAAGAUCGUUCCGAAAACACCAGUGAAUUUGAACAAUCGCCAAACAUCAGUGAUAUUGAAGAAGAUUCACUCAUGGAAAUUAAAGAUAAAGCUAGUAAACAUGACAAUGAAAAUGACACAUGUAACACGCCAAUAUCUGUUGACAAUGAUGUCGCUGAACUGUACACAAAAUUAUCUGAAACCGUUGAAUUCCACAUGCCGAACCCGGACCAAGAAAAGAAACGUAUUGGGUACCUAACUCCUUUAACCGAGGAGUCAGUUGUUAAGAAAGAUAGUACAGGGGAGAUAGAAUGUAGCUCAUCUCAUAACAUCAUAGACCUGACCGGAGACGACAACGAUGUGUUGUUCACAAACAAUGCUGGAAUAAAAGUCAAGUUAUUCCCCAAAAGUGAAUCUAACAAAGAAAUCGAAAGUUUCAAAUUGCCCCCCAUACAGGGGAAUCACAAUAACUCUGAUGGUAACUUAAACUUCUUAUUUAAUAGCGGCAAAGGAACUAACAAAAGUAAUUCAUCGGGCGUUAAUGAUGAUCGAAGAGACAGAAAUUUGAAUAGAAAUAUGGAUAGAUGGGAGUUAGGGACUAAGGAUCUGGCAUCAGGAGAGAGUCCACUAAUUAGUGGAAGGAGUGACGCUGAGAGAGCGUCACACGGGUCCGUGCAGCUGCCUCCAAUCCACGUGGAAGGCCACGUGGCACACAGCCCCAGCAAACCUGAUCAGCACUUGAGCAACUCGAGCAAGACAGACGUUGUGGCGUCCGAACCCACCUUGCCAAUCAGUAUUAAGGAGAAAAUUAGGGAACUGAAGAUGAGUCACAGACCACGAAACUCUUGGACUAAUUCUAAGUAUUAUGGAUCAGGCAGUAGAAGCGGUUCUCCCAGCACGGUGUCUCCUGAUGAGAGCCGGGUGACAGAUGCUGCGGAGCGAGGGUGUGAGCUCGUCUGUAUCGAGCUGCUCAAGAAACUUCGCUCACAGACUUGGUUUGAAGUAGCAGAUUCAUUAGAGGACCUCCCUCGAUUAAUGGACAAGUUUUGGAGCGUCAUAGCGGAGCAUAGAAUCGCAGACCUAAUACGACAAGUGACAGCGCACGUGGAAUCUCCAAGAACACAAGUGGCGCGCGCCGCGUGCAAUACUCUUGCAACAAUACUCAAGAACACCAAUUACACCAAGAAACCGGACUUUUACGAAGCAGUUACAAUAUUAUUAAUAAAGACUGGCAGCUUCAGUCGUCCUGUGAGACGUGCUGCCAAUGUGGCUCUGGACGAUAUAGUCUGUGGCGUGGACUUGAGCCAUGCAAUCACUGCCCUCUGCAUACAUGGUGCUAGUCACAAGAGUGCGCUAGUGAGAUGCGCGGCCGCGCGCCUGCUAGUGGUGUGCUGCGCGCUGGGAGGCGGGGGGCGGGACUUGCUGCGCACACGCCCGCCCACCGCCGCUUGCGCACGCAAGCACGCGCUCCGCUCACUGGCGUUACUGCUCGAUGAUAAAAGCACUGAAGCUAGAAAAUACGCCGAACGUUUAUACUCAAUGCUGCGUCCACUUGCAAACUUUGAGGCUUAUUACCUAACUGACGUGGACCUGGACACAGCGUCGCGGCAGAUGAAGAAAUACGACCAGCUACUGCUGUGCGGGCCGCCGGAGAGCAGGUGACGCCACACUAGGACUAAUGACGCGCCAGUGUGACAUCAUCACAUUGUAGUGACCAGCGAAUGAUAUUGACAUAAGUAUUAGAUUCUUCGUGUCUAUCAUUGAUUUACUUUACUCAUUUAUAGUUUGCGUUGAAUUAAGGGAAGAAAAUACUGGUAUGAAUAGAUACCUUCUCUAUUUAUAUUAUCGACGACGAUGUAUACGAAUCUUUUAGUGCUUUUCUGAUUGUAUAAAUAAAUAUAUAAAUGUAAUAAUCCAUUAAAAACACAACAGCAUAAUUAUAAACACAAAAAUAAUGAAAUGUAAACGUUUACUGUCGUUGUUUGGGUACCACGGGACUUUUGAUUAGGAUUUUAAUUGAGUUUUAAUUAAAUUAAAACGUGCAAUUCUGACUUCUCCGACUGUAAUAGUCGAUUCAUUACUUUUUUGAAAAUAUUAAAUACGACAAUUUGGUAACAUCUACAUUAUAACAUCAUUUUUUCCGUCAGUUUAUUAAUAUUUAUCGCAAAUGAACUAAGUAUUGAAGAAAAUAUAAAAACAGUGUAUCAAUACUUUCAAGAUUGGUUUGUUUUUAAGUACUUAAUUUACUACUUACUUAGAUUCUUGUUUUCAUGUGAUUACUAACGACACUUUUUACUUACUCUAAAUUAAGAAUAAGAAUACUUAUGUAUUCAUGCUGUAUGUAUAUUAUACAGCGCGUAUCCCAUUAUCUCCUAAGAAAAUAUCCUUCUUUAUAAUGCGGUCCUUUAUAAACUGUCGGAAAAAUAAGAUUAACAUAAAGUUCAACCUGGUCCAGGUAACUGGCAGAAUAUGAAAUUCAGUCCUUCUACUGGGAUAUUAAUAGACAAAUAUAUAUACAUCAUCUCAAAUCGAAAAUUUCCACUCAAAAUGUCGGCAGUGUUCUAUUUUCACAUAUAUAUAAUGUAUAUAAGUUCCGUGGUACCCAGAUAACAUCAAUUGAUAGUUAAUCUGUAGUUCUAUAAUAUAUAACUAAAACAAAAUUUGUUUUCGUAAUGGAAAUAGAGUUUUGUAAAUAUAUAUAUAUAUUGUAUUUACAUUAUAUCUCGAUGCUUGUUUUAUAAACAUUUAAAUC